GAAGAAGACAUCACAUCACUGAGAGGAACGAUGAAGGAAACAUCUCUGCAAUGUCUGCUCAUUCUGAUCUCACUGCUGAGCUGCACAACACACCAAGCUCGUCUGACUGUGAGUCCCAGCAGCUCUCAGUUCUUUGAAGGAGACUUUGUGUCUCUAAGCUGUGAGGAGGACGACAGCUCUGCUGGAUGGACUCUGAGGAGAAACACAAGCAGACGACAGAGGACUCAGUGUGGAGAUGGGUGGGGAAGAUGGUCUGGUUCUUCCUGUAACAUCAUUGUUCUCCCUCAGGACAGUGGAGUUUACUGGUGUGAGUCCAGAGAGGGUCCCAUCAGUAACAUGGUUAACCUGACAGUCACUGGUGGAUCAGUGAUCCUGCAGAGUCCUGUCCUCCCUGUGAUGGAGGGAGAUGACGUCACUCUGCUCUGUAAAACAGAGACCACUCCCUCCAACCUCCCAGCUGCUUUCUAUAAAGAUGGCUCCCUCAUCAGGAAGCAGCCUACAGGUCACAUGACCAUCCAGCAUGUUUCCAGGUCUGAUGAAGGCCUCUACAAGUGUGACAUCAGCGGUCAUGGAGAGUCUCCAUCCAGCUGGAUCACUGUCACAGGGGAGGAGUUGGAGAGGAUGACAUCACGUACAGCAAAGGCUCAAGUCAUCAACAACAGCCAAUCAGAGGAAGCAGAGACUUUAAAGCAGAGCCAGACGUCGUCUACUCCUCACUGAAGUAGUCCACCAGUCCAACCACUGACGUCCACCUGCUGGUCUCUAACUGGUCCACACAGCCACACAAUGUUGAUUUGCAUA